AUUAGCGGCGGUUGGCGCUGGUUUGAGUUUACCCUACCCUGGUUAAAAUAUGUCACAUGGGGGUAGACAGCCAAUCAGCACUUUGGAUUGGUUCUCACAUCGCCAGCGGCUCCGCCUCUUCCCGGGCCCUGAAACUGUCGAGUGCGGGCAGCGAAGAGGGACGUAUAUGGUGUCGGAUUUUGCAACGCAAGCUGGAGCCGUGUGAAUCAUCGUGCCCAGAGUGUGAUGUCUCGCACAAUAUCCACCUAAGUUUCAGUUAAUCAGAACAUUUCAUACCUUCUAAUAUUUUGAUUGUGAAUACAAAAAAUAUAUAGAAUCAUGGCAAGCAAAAGAAAGUCCACCACACCUUGUAUGAUACCCCUGAAGACCCUAGCCCUGGAGAGUGGCACAGAAUUGGCUGAAGAAUUCAAGGACAAAAGCUCCAAAGAUGAACCUCAGCAAAUAUUACCAGAUCUUAUGGACAGCAAUAAUGAGAUGCUAUCUAAUGGGCAUCAAAACCUCGAUGGUAUGAGAUUUUUUUGCAAGUACUGCAAUUUUGGCUCUCAUGAGACAAGCCCAUUUGUUGAACACAUGAACUCAAAACACAAUGACUUUAGAGAGGAUCCCUCAUAUGUUUGUAUUGUAUGCAGCUUUUUGGUAAAAGACCCUAAGGAGCUGGAAGCUCACAAUGCAGAUUGUCAUCCUGGAGAUUCUGACCUCUCCUGGACUGUGGCCAAGCAUGAAAAUUAUACCGUUGUGGAGCAGAGUGUGAGUGGCCAUAAUACUGAUCCAGAUGUGACUGACCAUUGUGCAGAGGAACGUUUAGACGAUUACUCCGAAAUAUCAAUUACUAAAACUCCUAUAAUGAAGAAUAUGAAAAAUAAACUGGAAACAAAAAAAAUAAUCACCAUAAAGGAUAAUGCCAACCAUGUAAGUGAAGAGUUUGAGAAAAAAAGCCGCUUGACACCCAAGAAUGGGUCCAUAUCUGUUAGCAAAGUCACCAACAAUAUUGUGAAUUCUUCUCAGAUUGUAAAUGGCUCCAUAAUAGGAACUGUUCCUGUACUGCAGACUGGGGUGACGCAGCUUGUAUCAAUAAAUGCUCCACAGUCCGUAAUACAGCCAAAGCUUACUACAUCAAUCGUAGCACCAGUGCUACAUAAACAAUCUGUUGUACAGAAGUAUCAAAGUCACCAACUUCCUACUGCAAAGUCCCUUCCCAAAGUAAUGAUUCCUUUAAGCAGCAUUCCAACCUACAACUCGUCCAUGGAUUCUAACUGUUUCCUUAAAAACAAUUUCAAUAAAUUCCCUUACCCUACAAAGGCAGAGCUUUGCUAUCUAACAGUGGUUACAAAAUACCCAGAAGAGCAGAUCAAAAUCUGGUUUACAGCACAACGGCUUAAACAAGGUAUCAGCUGGUCACCUGAGGAAAUUGAAGACUCCAGGAAGAAGAUGUUUAACACUGUAAUCCAGUCCAUCCCCCAGCCUGUACCUCAGCCAACUAUAACUGUUUUGAAUGCACCACUUGUAGCCAGUGCAGGCAACGUUCAGCACAUUAUUCAAGCUGCUCUUCCAGGGCAGAUUGUCGGUCAACCGCAAGGAGCAGGGGGUUUGCUUGUUACUCAACCUAUUAUUACAAAUGGAAUCCAAGGAACUGCUACUUCAGUGUCCCUAACAGUGACGCCUUUUCACACCAGUCAAACCACAACUGCGGCUAGUACAGCAUCGUUAUCUGGAAAAUUAAAUAUUUCAUCUAAACCAGUUACAACCACCUCUCCCAGCAUGCUGUCACCAAACGCUUACGAUCCCAUUGUUUCAAGAUGCAAAAAGUCAAGACAGCAGCUUAGUGCUCUCAAAAACAGUUUUUGCAAAAGUCAGUUUCCCUCACAUGGUGAGGUUGCAAAGCUGACCAGAAUUACCGGUCUGUCCACAAGGGAUGUUAGAAAAUGGUUUAGUGAUAAGAGAUAUCACUUCCGUAACAAACCUUCAUCUUAUUUUGCGGAGUCUGGUGAUCUGGUAUCUGACCCCCAAUCUGAUACAAUGUUUACUAUGGUGAAAGAACCUGAUGACUUCGCUCUUCCAACAAGUGGACAUGCUCCAUCACAUACUCAAUCACAUACUCCAUCACAUGCUCCAUCACAUACUCCAUCACAUGCUCCAAGGAGACAGUCAUGGAACCAGGCUCCAGACUUUACACUCACACGAUACAAAGAGAGGGCACCUGAGCAGCUCAGAGCUCUGGAAGGUAGCUUUGCUCGGGAUAGCUGUCCUUCUGUGGAGGAGGUGAACCGACUUCGGAGUGAGACUAAAAUGACAAGGCGUGAAAUAGAUGGCUGGUUCUCGGAGAAACGCAAGAAGAUAGCAGAAGAUCUCAAGAAAGAUCAUUCACAUUUUGAUGAUGAUAUUGAAAUUUCAGCUGACGAGAUGGAGAUCUAUGAUGUUAAAGUUUCUGAUGAUUUAGAGUCUCAUGUAGAGAACAGUUCUCCAGUAUCUGAGCGAAAAGUAAACCCAAUAAAAAUCAAUCUAAAGGCUCUCCGUGUGACAGAGUCAGGGGACAACACCGAGAGUUCAAAGGAUAAUAGUAUGGCAAGUGAUGGUGGCAGUAGGCCAUCCACACCUCAGAAAAAUAGACAGUCCUGUAAAAAAACUGCCCAACAGCGAGACUUUUUAAAGCAAAUGUUUGUCAAGACACAAUGGCCAUCUGUAGAGGAGUAUGAUAACUUGGUGGAGCAGACUGGGCUUCCACGUACAGAUGUUGUACGCUGGUUUGGGGAUUGCAGAUACUCUUAUAAAAAUGGCAAUUUAAAGUGGUAUGACAGCUAUCAAAAAGUUUUUAAUGACCUUAAACCUCUAUCCCACCAGCCUCUUCUGGACUAUUAUAGUCAGCAGCAAAUAGUUUGUGAAGAUGAUAUUGAUGAUCUUUGUGAGAAGACUGGGAUGUCUGCAGAUGAUAUCAGAGCCUGGUUUGCGGAAAGGCUGGAAGAAGACAAACAGGGUGCCUCAGAUGAGGGCAGUGAUGACCCACAGUUGGAUUAUGCUGAGAGGUCUAAGAAGCAGAAAGAAGUCACACAUGAUGGGAUCUCAGAGGUUGCUGAUGGCUGGGAGCCCAAUGGUCAGGAAACCAGUGCAGAUUCCAGGUCUCUGCAGUCAAUUGCUCAGCUUGGUAAGAAAUCAUAGUAGUGUCAUAUAUCAUUUGUCUUCUUGCAAUCAGUUUGUAAUAGGUAUCCAAACUAAGUUGACUC